AUAUUAAUGCUGAACAAACAAGAAAUAACAAUAUAUAAAUAAUAGAAUCAUUAAAAAAAGAAAAUAAAGAACUCAAAACGUUAAGAGAUGAAUUAAUAGCAAACAAACGAGCUUCGACACCUGGAUUGGCAAAAACUCAUGGAAGUUUUGUAUCAUGGUCAGGAGAUAUAAUGGAUGAAGUUAAAAAAUAAAAAUAAAAAAAAAUAUAUAAUAUUUUAAGAAUUAUUGGAGAAGAAAAUAAGAUGAUGCUAAACACUUAACAAAACUAAAAAAAUCAUAAUUAUUAUAACUCUAAGAUAAAUUAAAUGAAGUAUCAGACAUAAAAUUUGGAGUAAUAGAAGAAUCUCCUUUAAUGAGAUAGAUAAGAAUCCUUGAAAAUAGAUUAGAUAAAGUAAUGAUUAAAUUCAACGAAGCCUAAUCUAUUAAAAAAACAUAUGAAUAAAUCGUAAAAAGAUUAAAAGAAGAGAGAGUUGGAUAUGAUAAUUAAUUAGCAGCAAUUGAGCGUUCCUUAAAAGGAAAAGAACAUGAUUUUGAAGAGCUUUUAUUAUUAGCUCAUGAUGCUACUCAUGCAAAAGAACUCGCAUCAGCAGAAUUAAAGAAAUAUAAUCAUAAAAAAGCUAAUGUCUAAGAAUUAAGAAAAGCUUAUAUUGAUGAAAAAAAGAAAGCAAUAGAAUAAAGAGAAGCAGUAAUUUAAAGAAUCGAAAAGAAAGAUAAAGACAAUGAAGAUAGAAAUUAAGAAAAAUCUUAAAUCUAUAACUUAAAUGAAAAUAACUAAAAUAAAGAUUAAUCUAACUUAUAAGAUACAACAUUUUAAAAAUAAAAAUUAUUAGAUUAUGAAGAAGCUUUUAGAAAAUUAUAUGAAGCAACAGGUGUAACAGAUGUAAAUGAAAUAAUUUAAAAAUUUACAACUUAAGAUGAAACAUCUAGAUCUUUAAAUGAAUUAAAAUAAGAAUACACAGAUAAAAUCGAAGAACAAAUAAAACUUAGAAAUGAAAUUAAAAAAAGUCUAAAUCAUAUAAAAUAUGAAGGUAAUGAUAAUCCUAAUAGAAAGCAAAUAGAUGAAAUCGAAAAAAAUGUUAAUAAUGCAUCUAAUAAGUGUGAAAAAUCUAAACUUAAAUAUGAUAGAGUUUCUAAAAUAUUAGUUAAUGUAAAAGCAGGUAUUGAACAUUUAUAUGAAAGAUUAGAGUUUUAUAGACUUGAAGGAAAACCAAAUAUUAUAGUUACUGAUGAAACUUUAGUUGAAGGAUUAGCUUAAAUUACUGAAAAAAUGAAACUUAUUUAUUAACCAGUCAAAAAUGAUCCUAAUUAUAAUCCUAAUGACUUCAAACAAACUAGUAAAGGUGUUUCUAAUUACAUUAAUUUAAAUUUAUUAAACAAAACUGGUAAAAUUGAAAGUAUAAGUAGAAACAUUAGAGUUAAAUUACCUGAAAAAGAUGAAGAUGAAGUUUCUAAUGAUGAAAUGGAUGAUGAUAUUGAUGUUGAAACGACAACAAAAUUAAAACAAAAAUAUUAAGCUUAAUCUAAAUAAGAUAAAUAAUCUAAAAGUAAACAAAAAAAAUAAAAUAGUAGUAAUGUAUAAGGAAGAAAAUGA